AAGCGGAAAGGAUUCUCGUCGAUCCAUUCUGGAGCCAUUGAUAGGGCGCUUGGAGAGUUCUGUAGAGGCGAUUGAGGAGCUACCUCGAUUCUUCGUGGAAUCCGAAGGAGAAACAUGGUGGGGAGGAGCGACGGUGCCAUACCGGAGUACUGGCGACUCGCCGACGAGAUGAACCCGCCGGGGAUCGGGUGCAGGGUCAUGGAGUCGGAGUGCGUCCGGAGAUUCCACCUCCAUGAGUUGCAGGAGAACCAGUGCAGCUCGUGCGUGCUCAAGCACAUCAAAGCCCCCGUCCAUCUCGUGUGGUCUUUGGUGAGGCGAUUCGACCAGCCGCAGCGGUACAAGCCGUUCGUGAGCAGAUGCAUCAUGCAAGGGGAUUUUGCAGUGGGGUGCUUGAGAGAAGUUAACAUCAAGUCCGGUCUGCCUGCUACUACCAGCACUGAAAGGCUCGAGCAGCUCGAUGACGAUGAGCGCAUUUUGAGCAUCAAGAUUGUUGGAGGAGACCACAGGCUUCAGAACUACUCAUCUGUUUUGACUGCACACCCUGAGAUUGUCGAUGGUAGACCGGCAACAUUGGUGAUCGAAUCAUUUGUAGUCGAUGUGCCUGAAGGAAACACCAAGGAUGACACUUGCUUUUUUGUUGAGGCUCUUAUCAAGUGCAACCUUAAAUCAUUGGCCGCGAUAUCAGAGAGCUUGGCAGCUCAAGAUCCGAUAAAGCCCAUCGACCUAUAGUGGUGAUCUACAACUUCGAUCAUCAAAGUUUUUGCCCGUGUUUCGUCGUCUGCUUGAUUCAGUAAUCAUUUUAGCAUGGAAUGCAUAUUUACGCGAGUCACCUAUGUCUCAUUUACAUCUGAUUCCGAUACCAUUGUUCCUAGUUCAUGUUAUCGCAUAGUUCAUUCGACAUGCUCAGUUUUCUACUGCUAAGCAAUGCGGAAGAAUUUGCUGGUACUCGCCGUCAAGUUGAAAAUGUUAGUGCAUCUAAACCAAAUCUAUGUCCCAAACCAUGGGAAAGUUGGUGUAAUUUGUGGUCUGUAAAUAUUUUGGCUAUCCAUUUUGCUAACAGAUUUAAGAUGCCACCAACUUUUUUCUAAGCUUAUUUAAAUAUUUAUGAAUUUGAUAAUUAUGUUUAUUAGCUGGAGAGCUUAAG